AUGUCAAUGAGGGAGAUGUUUUAUUCGACCAUUCUCUUUAUCCUGUUCGCUCAAGUUUCCGAUGCAUCGAGAGGUUUCUUCGGCCAUGACUCUCACGCGCUCCCCAUGGACUCCUUCCUCAAUGUGAGGGAAGUCAGACGGACGUACGGCAACGGGAGGCUCUCCGGGCUCACCAUGGAGCUCUUCGACACGCUCUCCAAGGAGCUGGGCUGCAGCUUUCGCUUCCUGUACCCCUGCCUGCGCUCAGAGUUUUACAGCUCGGGCGUCUGCUCACAGCCAUCGCCGGACCUGGCCUUCCAGAUGCUGGGAGAGAGCUCUGAGUGUAAGGCCGACGCCUGUCCUGCCGGGUUCUAUCGCAAGGGCUGUGGCAACCAGGAGCUCGGGUUCUGUGUGCGAUGCGACGUCUGUGCUCCUGGCAUGUACCGUGUUGGAUGCUCCAACCUCAGCCCUGGACAGUGUGUCAGCUGCCCUGCCAACACCACCGCGUCCACCUACGACUACAGGGACCAUUGUGCUCCGUGCUCGGCCCCCUGCUCGGGAGCGACCCCGGUAGAAGUGAAGGGCUGCACAACUACUCAGGACAGGUUGUGCAUGAAGAUCGUACAGACGAGCCUUUCCUGCUCUAGCACUCAGUACAUUACAACUGGCGAGAACGUCUCCUGUGUCGGCUGCGCUCCUUGCCCGUCGGGUUUCUACCGAGCUGGGUGUGGAGGAGAUCAGCCGGGAACCUGCAAGAGCUGCCCUACUGCCACCUACAACACAGACAACUCUACGUAUGCGACCUCUUGCCUGUCUUGUCUGGACUCUCCCUGCCCUCAAGGGACCUGGAGGAAAGGAUGCUCUGGAGGUUCACAGGGUGAGUGUGUAGCGUGCUCGACCUGCCCAGCUGGCGACUUUCGGCUGGGGUGCGGAGGGAUAUCAGAGGGAGGGUGUGUGCAGGUGGAGGGAUCGUUCUUCGGAGGGUCGAAGUUCAACAACGUGACGGGAGUGGUCGACGACGAGGUUCUUUGCCCCAACAACCAAUGCCUGACCGCAGGGGCGCACAAGAUCGUGAAUACCCGCCUGACGAACUUUGACAUGACCGUUGGGUACAUGUCAAGAGGUUUCCGACUGGUGGUCAAGAAGAAGGAAGUACCGGCAGACCUCAUGGCAUGGGCGCAGCCCUUCUCCUACGUGCUGUGGAUCUGCAUCCUCAUUGAGGUGCUGGUAGCUGCCGCCUGCCUGAUCGUCAGCGAGGGCAAUGGGAAGAACGAGUCGAUCCCUAGCAGGCUGUUCAAGGAGAUUCAGACGUCAAUCUACUGGUCGUUCAGCGUCAUUCUCGGAGCGGCGGACCUGGUCAUGGAGACGAACCCAGGGCGGACAUUGUUCAUGGGUCAGCUGAUCUUUGCUAUCAUCCUGCAGGCCGUCUACACCGGCAACCUCGCCAGCUUCCUGGCCAACAUCAACACGGAAACGGCUCUCGAUAGGGUAGAGGACCUCUUUGACACUAGAUCCGCCAAGUACCGCCCGACCACCCGCGUCUGCUACCUCACUUCCGACAUCUCAGUCAAGGCCUAUCUCGACUCUGAAAGCUCCAAGUUCCCCUCCGCCAAGUUCAUCUCGAUCCCCGCCCCCUCCCUUAUGGACUGCCUGAUGAUGGUGUACCGAGAGGAUGCUGAUUGCACCUUCUACGAUGGGCCUGUCGUGCUUGACAGCAUAGCGCAAGACUUCUAUGCUAAAGGCCUCUGCGGCAGCCCGGGAGGCUUCUGCUCAGACCCUUCCUACACUGACGAGGCCUCCUGCCUCUGCUCCUCUGCCUCAGCAGACGCUACUGGGACCCCGCAAACUUGCGUCAGCACGGGGAACCAGUGGACCCCGGUGUGGGGGGAGCUGGUGCUCGUGGGAGAUGCCUUCAAGCCCUUUGGGUAUGGGGUGGGUUUCCGGGCCGACAAGGGCCAGCUGGGGUCGAGCAGGCUGCCAUGGCACUUUCCACUUUCUCAGGUCCUGCUGGAGCAGCGCAAGUCCGGGGUGAUCAGCAUGUUGGAACACAAGUACAUCCCCGAGAUCGGGAAUCUUCAGUGCUCUGCCGCCGCCUCUGCUGCAAACGUGCUGGACGUCGUGAACGUUCUCGGGCUCGUCAUCAUCGUCAUGGGCAUCUACGUGAUUGGUAUCGUCGUCUUCUUUUACAAUCAGAUCGAAUUGUUCUUCUUCCGUACCUUCCCUUUCCUUGCCAGCAAGGAGUUCAAGGAGCAACAAGCGCAAGCAGAGGAGGAGGAGGAGGAGGAAGAAGAGGAAGAGCCGAGGAUAUCGUUCGAAUACAUCGAGACGGACUGCAACCAAGAGCAGGUUGAGAGUGACGGUGACGAGGACCAGCACGAAGUCCAUCAGAAGCUGUCCAAACUUUCUCGACAGCUGUCGGAGAUUGAGGCGAACAUCUUAAACUCUGCGAGAUCAAAGGGCCUACUUUUAGAACCUGCAGGCCAGGAGGAAGAAGAUAUCUUUGGUCUCUUCAACAAAGGUUUCCAAGAUCUGACAUCAAACAUAAUGAGUCAAAUCGAACCCAACAGUAGCAGCAGCAAGGCGAGGGAGAACGGAAGCGUUAAGAGAAGAGCAGCUAGCAAAGUGAACGGCGAGUUUGUAUUUCCAGGCAUGUGA